UCUUGUCUUUACCACUGACUAAGUGCUAGGGUUUAGGGUUUAUAGGAUCUGAUGGUUCAUGGGAGAGCGACCAACUGAAGGAGGACCUUCCAUUAGUCCAAAACCUUGACCAAACAAAACGACACCAAAACAAGUUUGUCGUACGAAAUGCCAAACUACACACAGUAGCACUCUUUCCUCUUCCCCUGUCUCUCUAUUUUUGUGUAUCUGCCUCCUUCCUCGAACCAACAUUGAGACCCUUUAUUUAUUUUUCCAGUCUUUUGAUGUUUACUAUUUUAUAAUAUGUACCUCUGAAAUCUCAACCAAACUUCCUUGCGCCCCAAGUCGGCGCCUUUCCAACUCCCUCUGGCCUCCAUUUGUUCGCUUCUCAUAUUUAUUUUAUAGAUCGCCAUUUAGAUUUUGUGAUAAUUCAUUAACAACAGACAUGGAAACCCUUUCGCUUUUGUCCUAAGAGGCUGCUCCAACAAUCUUGGAUCAUAUACCACAUACGCACGGCCUCUGUGUUCUAAAGCAAAAAAAUUUCACUGAUUCAUCGCUCCAAUACAGUUGAUCAAGCACCAAUUUGGUUCUCUUUAGAGGGUUCAAAGGGUACUUUGUGUCUUGCUUCAGGGACUGGUACUCGAUCCCAGCAUGGCAUUAGAAAGGAUUGCUAGGACUGCUAGAAAUGGCUUCAGAAGGUCGCCAUCAGGAGCAUCCACCCGCACGAGUGAGAAGGAUAUGUUGUGUGAGGGAGCAUCCACACGCAAAUAUUGUUCCUUACCUUCACUCGAAACUGACACUAGAAAUAGAAACUUUUUGUACCUCUCCAGCAUUUCAAAAGUGAAUCACAAUAGUUUUUGGAGCAGGGGAAUAAGGUCAACCCCAACUUAUCAAUUUCCUUCUGCAGAAAGGAUUGUUGAGGAGUCUGAUUCUGAGUACAACGAUCCCAAAUAUCCGGGACUAGAAGCAACCAAGCCAGGUGAAAAGCCAAGAGUGGUUGUCCUUGGUACUGGCUGGGCGGCCUGUCGAUUCCUUAAGGGACUAGACACCAAGAUCUAUGAUGUUGUUUGCAUAUCACCAAGGAAUCACAUGGUCUUCACUCCUUUGCUUGCUUCAACUUGCGUUGGUACCCUGGAAUUCCGUUCAGUCGCUGAACCUGUUACUCAUAUACAAUCUGCAUUGGCUACAGAUCCCAAUUCUUUCUUUUAUAUGGCUUCCUGCGUUGGUGUUGACACAGACAAACAUGAGGUGUACUGUGAGACGAUUAGCAAGGGUGGCUUGCCUCAUGAACCUUACAGAUUCAAAGUUGCCUAUGACAAGCUCGUCAUAGCUGCUGGAGCUGAGCCCCUGACAUUUGGUAUCAAGGGUGUGAAGGAACAUGCAUUUUUUCUCCGUGAAGUGAAUCAUGCCCAAGAGAUUAGGAAGAAGCUUCUCUUGAACCUGAUGCUCUCUGAACAUCCAGGCAUACCGGAGGAAGAAAGGAAACGCCUCCUACAUUGUGUUGUUAUUGGAGGUGGCCCUACAGGGGUAGAGUUCAGUGGCGAGCUGAGUGAUUUUAUCAUGAAAGAUGUCCGUGAACGGUAUACUCAUGUUAAGGAUUACAUCAAAGUCACUCUCAUUGAGGCAAAUGAGAUUUUGUCAUCCUUCGAUGUUGGGUUAAGGCGAUAUGCAACAAAUCACUUAACCAAGUGUGGUGUUCGCCUUAUGAGAGGUGUUGUGAAAGAAGUGCAUCCCGAGAAGAUAGUUCUCAACGAUGGCACUGAUGUUCCAUAUGGCCUUUUGGUCUGGUCUACAGGCGUUGGUCCUUCAGAGUUUGUGAAAUCACUUGAUCUUCCCAAGUCCGCAGGCGGAAGGAUUGGUGUCGACGGGUGGUUGCGGGUUCCUUCCGUGGAAGAUGUGUUUGCACUUGGAGAUUGCGCUGGUUUUCUUGAGCAGACAGGGAGGCCAGUUCUUCCAGCUUUAGCUCAGGUGGCAGAAAGGGAGGGAAAAUAUCUGGUCCAGUUGUUUAACAAGAUUGGGGCACAGAAUGCAGGCAAGGCCUUGAGCUUAAAAGACAUCCCUCUAGGAGAGCCUUUUGUGUACAAGCACCUUGGAAGCAUGGCAACAGUUGGACGCUACAAGGCACUGGUUGAUUUACGCCAGUCGAAGGAUGCAAAAGGCAUAUCGCUUGCCGGAUUCUUGAGCUGGUUCAUUUGGCGUUCCGCUUAUCUGACGCGAGUCGUCAGCUGGAGGAACAGGUUUUAUGUUGCAGUAAACUGGGCUACCACGAUUGUCUUUGGCAGAGACAACUCAAGAAUAGGUUGAUAUCAUUUGUACAACACAACACUGUCAUUUGCCAUAUUAUUUAUGGUUACAUAUGUUAAAGAGGCUUAAGACCUUGAGCUGGAUUUAGUCUCUGCGUUUCUCUCAAUUUGUUGAGUUGGGUUCAAAUUUUGGUUCAAUUUAAAGAUGAUCUUUGCUAACUGGAGUCUGCUCUGAAACCAUUGUCUUUGAUAUUCAAAGUAUAGGCUGAAAUUCCAGACACACGCUCAAGAAGCAAAACAGCAAUUGGCGAUAGACAGAAUUAAGAAAAUGAACCCAAGAGUAAAAACAAAGCAUAUUCCACUGGUUAUAAUCUUUAAACUACAAAAUUUGUACAGCCUGUGUUGCAAACAAAAAA